AUGCCCAUCUCUACCAUCAACGACUCCAUCUCUGAGUCCUCUGUCCACAAGUCUUCCAUCCCAACAAAGGUCGAGAUGAGCCAGAAUGAAAAGUACAGUGAGGCGCCCAGUGAGGCGCCCACAAUCCCACCCCCACCUGAGCAGUAUGCUUGGAGCAGAAUUAGGGAGAACUGUCAAGAUGCCUUUUCGGAGUUCUUUGGCACCUUUGUUCUUCUCCUCUUCGGUGACGGUGUCGUUGCCCAAGUUGUGCUCAGUCGUGGAACGAAGGGUGAUUAUCAGAGUAUCUCAUGGGGAUGGGGUCUCGGUGUCAUGCUUGGAGUGUAUGUCGGAGGUAAAUCAGGCGGACACUUGAACCCAGCCGUGACUCUGGCCAAUUGCCUGUUCAGAGGUCAUCCCUGGAGAAAGUUCCCUAUUUAUGCCGUCGCUCAGGUUCUGGGUGCCAUGGCUGCUGCAGCCGUCGUGUACGGCAACUACAAGUCUGCCAUUGACGCCUAUGAAGGUGGUCCUGGUAUUCGUACCGUGAUUGGCGAGAACGCGACCGCCGGAGUGUUCUGUACCUAUCCUGCUGAGUUUAUGACACGCACUGGCAUGUUCUUCUCCGAAUUCAUCGCCAGCACGAUUCUGCAGUUCGUCAUCUUUGCCAUGGCGGACAGCGCCAACAUCGGCGCUGGUCCAUUGAUGCCACUGGGUCUGUUCUUCCUGAUCUUCGGUAUCGGUGCCUGCUUUGGUUGGGAAACUGGAUAUGCCAUCAACCUGGCUCGUGAUUUUGGUCCUCGUUUGGUUUCGUACAUGCUCGGAUAUGGAAGUGAAGUGUGGUCUGCUGGCGGGUACUAUUUCUGGAUCCCCAUGGUAGCUCCUUUCUUCGGUUGUGCUUUCGGUGGCUUUCUGUAUGAUGUAUUCAUCUACACUGGACCUAGCCCUAUCAACACACCGGGUAUGGGUUUUGGUCGUCUUGUGAGUCCUCGUCGGUCAACCUGGUCCAACACAUACAACGCAAACUCCCCAGUAUAGGUUCGCCCUUGUAAUCAAGGUGGCCGGGUUCUUUCAUGGUAAAGAUGAGGUGUUCCGGGGAGUUGUUUUAUUCGAUCGUGUCGCAUUGAUGUGUUGAGAUGUGUCUCAACUUGAACUUAACCAGCCCGCAUCAAUCGUUUAGCGUGACAAGCACGUCGCGUCGUUAUGGAUUUUUUGUUCGUCGUUGGUGUUGGCGCGGAAUGACGUAAUGACAAGAUAUAGCCUAGUCUAUUGUAGAGAAGAAGCUCAUGCUGUU